AUGCUGUCUCUGAAGUUCUUCAUUGGUCGACAGCUAUCGAGUUUCAUGCUUAUACUGUGGGUCAGCAGUACUUGUGGAGCGGAAACACCUGGCGGUGCGGCCGGCAAGUGGCCGCGUCGCGGCACGUCAGCCCGGUUGAGCACCGCCCCCGACUACGAGCUAUCGAUCGGCGCAGUCGGUCGCGGGGCGGCGCUGCUGCGUCGAGGCGUGCACCGCAACGCCGCCCUGCGCCGGCCGGGGGCACCAACUGGAGCGCGGCGCGGGCGCAGCGUCCCGGGAGCCGGACGCGGCGGCGGCGGAGGCGGCGGUGGCCGCGCCAGUGCGCGCGACGCCCCCGACCGGCCAGCACGCGCGCAGCUGGACCGCCGCCACGUGCACCGUACAGACACUGCCCCGCCCGACACACUCUCUCUCGGUCGCCGCCAUCGCCGCCUCCGCCUCCCCCGCCGCCGUGCGUCUCCCAGUGCGAUCCCGCGCGACAGCCCGAGCCCCGUCCCCACGGACCGCACGCGGCCCUCGGCAGACAGACCCGCGCCCGCCGCCGCCGCCGCCGCCGGCGCUGCGCCCUCGUGCCCAGAGGAAUUUGGCUUAUCGAUCGGUUCCGGCUCAAUCACGCCAUCUUUUGCGGGAUCUUCCCAGCGGUCCUCGUCCUACAGCAAGACAAGUACCCACAUGGACAACAUAACGGUGUAUGGAGCACUGGAGGCGCUCUAA